GAGAAGUGAUGUCUCGCAGAGCCGCCGCGGUCACUUGAAGGAACGCGCUCGGCGCGGCGUCACCAACCGAACGCUGGUCCACUUUCGUCCGCAAUACGCAAUGCGUUUCCGGGAUAUAUAGGGAGCUUGUGUUCGUGUGUGUGGCAGUAUACGAGACCUUCUUUUUUUUGUGGCCUCGGCAAACAGCGAGUUCAACAACAGCCCGCCCCUGUGCGCGUUUCUGUGCGCUCAUCACCGUGCCCCAGCUGUUACCAUGGGCCUCUUCACUGGCACCGUGUAUUUCUUCGCCCUCACGAUGGUAGCGUCCUCCAGACCCGCGAUAAGGACCUGCAACGAGACCAUCGAGCAGCAGGUGCACGAGGCCAGCUGCCGGCUGGUUGGCCGGCUGCCGGACCGCUGGCUGCUUCGCUUCGACUCGGUCGGGGGCAGCAACGAGUCCGUGCCGGUGCUGGCCCUCGUGUUCGGUCUGGCCGACCCCACCACCCACAUCGAGAGCAGCAGGUGCUCGUCCGAGAUGACCGCCGCGCUGGCGAUGCAGGGCAUGGCCAAGGUGGCGCUGCCCGAAUCUACGGCGCGCGUGUUCUUCGCAGCCAAGGCCAAGGUCACGGCAGAACUUUCAUGGCCUGGACCUCUAGUGGACGAGCUCUACGUGGGUGGGUGGGAGCUUAUGGACAGCUCACACGACGAGGUGGAAACAACGAACGACGCUGAAUUCCUGCUGCAGGUGACUCGCGAAGCUGCGCUUACAGCGAUCCGCCGCCAGCUGCCUCGACUUCUUCUGAAGGUGUUGAAGCCCCGGUCCCCGACGAUAAUGCAGUAGCAGCACCGUCGUAUCGUGGGCGAAGCUCCGCCCUAAUGAAGCUGCAGAAGUGACUAGAUCCCAUUCACUGCGCGAAUGUCGCUUGAGUGACGUUGCGCAGCGUAAAGUUCGAUUGGCCAAACCUCUGUCUUCUUUUAAAGGAACAUGAUUGCUUUAGGAGCUGUUGUCGCUUAACAAACAACUUCUGCUCCUCCCGAUAAUAGUAAGCCCACUGUUUUGAGCGAGAGGGUGUUAAAGUGUUAUUUUAGAUGCACCGCGCUUUAGCGACUAUGAACUGGCUUUAGUGAUUAUACAAUGGCCAACAUUGACGCCAGUACGUAGCAAACGGGUCCUUAGAAAUGUUUAGCUGUUUCCUUCUUGUCUGCGUCGUCAGGAAGUAACGGUUUAUUUUUUAUGUUCAGCGUCAUGCAACUAAAAAAACCAGAGUUACACUUUACUAAAUGUAACAAUUUUUUUUUUCAUUAUUGUGAGAGAGAAGGAGCGAUACCGCUAAAAAGCGACUCAGAACACCUUUGAUGUUCUGUGCAUGUUAAACCCGGCUUUUUUGGAAGUCCAUUCAAACGAGCAAGUCAAAAAAUUAGAAGCUGUACAUAUUGGUCUUUAAGUUCACCAUUAAAUAUGGUUGGCGCUACCUUCAACUACUACAACUAGGCGAAUCAGAACAAAAAUGAAGACGCAAGACAGACUAAUAUAAGAAGAGUCCUUGUCCCGUCUUUUUGAUGUUUGCCGACUUAUGUUGCCACGACAACAGGUCCGGCCAACAACCGUUUUGCGUAAAAUAGGUGCAAUAACGUGACCAAAAAUGGCCGCGUUCGGUAAAAUGUCAGCUUGCGAGAACCGAAUCUCCACUGGAAGAAUGCACUGCUACUGCAUUCACUUUUGCUCUCUAUUUUAAUUAUGACAAAUUCUUUUGCUUGGAUGUUCGCGCGUGUUUUACUAGGCGAUUUUUUUGUAAAGACACAUCUAACAUAUGGGCUGAAUGUUUUGCGCUGCGGCGUCCGAUGUAUUUUAUCAACUAUGGUGUGUUUCACAAACGCUAAAAGAAACACUGUGAGAAAGUCUGUUAUUGCAGGCGGUAACUAUUCCCGCGACACGUCUUUAGAAAUGUUUUGCAGGAAAAAUACUCACCAUUAAAUAUGGUUGGCGCUACCUUCAACUACUACUACUAGGCGAAUCAGAACAAAAAUGAAGACGCAAGACAGACUAAUGGGCUUUUCUUUGAGGAACCCGUAUGGGUUUCUUUUGUAGCAAUUGCUACAAUCGGGUGGAUGUCUGAUUUUCCCUUUAUUCAUUACUUUUCUCCACCUUGCGGGUUUCCGCAGGGCUACUACGUCAAACACUUGCAUUUGCUUCGUGUUGUCGACAAAUUCGACUUCGCCCUACCAUCUGCUAGCCGCCUGGUUAGCUCAGAUGGUAGAGCGGCUGCCCCGGAAAGGCGGUGGUCCCGGGUUCGAGUCCGGGACGAGGACGAAUUUUUCUUCAACUAUGAGGCUUUUCUUUCGAGGAACCCGUAUGGAUUUCCUUUGUAGCAAUUGCUACGAUCGGGUGGAUGUCUGAUUUUCCCUUUAUUCAUUACUUCUCUCCACCUUGCGAGUUUCCGCAGAACUACUACGUCAAAAAUACUUUUUGUGUAUAUUAAGAGCCAUUGCAGGUGUGGAAGGCGACAGGAAAUGAACACCAUAGGCACAUUUUCGUUAGCCUUACCGUAUGUUGCGCCGUCAUUGCCACUUAGCUUACAUAGGUACGUAACCAUUGUUUUAGAUAAGUAAAUGCAUAUCUUUAGUCACAUGAUCGCUUUUACAGAGCCCCUCAACUGCGCUUGUUAAUUUUCAUAAACCUAUCACGAAUCGCUGCCAUGAAGGCGCGGUAAAAUAGUGAAUGGACGAUUCUAGCCACUGAACAGGAAGUACCCACAAUCAAUAGUGUUUGAAAUACGUCAACUACUCAAGCGAUGCAAGUGCAUUUUGACAGCGUUGUUAGGCACUUCACUUCUCAGUACCCUCUAUAAAACAAGCCGAAAAUGAUCGUAAUAUUCAGAAAUCUGCCGCCCUUAAUCUUGACCAAAGAAAGGCUGAGAACUUUUGAGUCUCGUGUAGUGUGCGUUACAAGCUGAAACUUCACUCUCAUUGAAUUAAAUACUCACAACAAAGAAUUGAAACUGUUGCUAGCUUGAUUAGUGUGUCUGAAGAACAAGUUGCGACUCUCACUAGCGUAGCAACAACUUUCUUUUGGUGUUCGUUGUGCACAGUAUGCACAAGUGUCUCUAGCACUGGAAUGGAGAUCGCUUGCCUUCUGUACAAAGAGCAGAUUCAGUAAGUUCCACGAAUCCAGCAGUUACGGUUCUGCACAUUUAAGAUGCAGAUGUAGCGUGUGAACUCGGUCAAGGCCGAUGCACAUUCAUCGUUUACGCAGCUCAUUAUAAAUAGCUGUUCUGUAGCACAAGUAAUGGCUGUGCAAAAACUAGCGAAUGUCUGAAAAAGUGAUUUCCCGUAUGAGAAAAUUUGGCAAACAUGGUGUAAACUCUAUUGUCGCAGCUAUAGCACCCUGUUAUGUUGUCCUAUAUCACAGUUUGCAAAUGAACCAUAUCUUUAGAAUAAGUUUGAAAUAUUGCUACCUCCACAUGUGAUAAAUUUGAAAGCAUGGUAUCUUGGCUGGAGUCAUCUGCGGUUAUAUCCUAUCCUCUGUACCAUGACAGCGCGCCUGAAAGGGGUCGCCACGCUACGCCCUUGAAGCCAAUGUACAAAUGCACGUUUUGGUUCAUAUAUGCUAUCUCAAUGCUUUAGUUCAAUAAGCAUUUGCAUAAGUUGCUCGAGCUGUGCAUUUGUUCCAUCUCUACAGCGGGAUUCCGAGACAGUGCCACGUCUAGCUAUGAUUGCUGGCUACAUGACAAUAGUACCACAAACACACCUUGAAUUCUUACACAGUACACCCCCCCCCCCCCCCUUAUAGAUAAAAUACACUCGUAUCAUUAUCAGGUGGUCCACACUUUUCCAUCAUACUCAGGACCACCAUGUUCUGCAGUUGGCUGGAUCUUUGGAUGCUGAUCAGCACUCUUUAAAUUACGUCUUAAUUUUCGCUGAGGUGAAAUACCGGUUGCCCAGCAUGAUCGCCAAGUCAUGAACUAUAUUUAGAAAAAACCAUGCACAGCUGAUGCUCCAAAACAUGCUGACUUCAUACACGCGAUGUCUAUUAAGUGCCAGACAGAAUUACACGUUCAUGUAGAAUCGUUUAUAUCGCAGCGAUCAUCUUGCACUUUCGUGCUGAGAAGUCCCAUGUACAGCGUAAACACUAAUUUCUAGCCUCUAUAUUUUGUUUCUUUCGACACCACAGUUUUUCCAGUAGUGCACUGUAACACAGCACCCUUUGUGUUUUCGCCUGUGUGUGCUACUUCUCAUCUCUGUUUUCUAUAUAGUCCAGAAUCAAGGAACUCCAGCUUAAUAUAAAUAGGUUCAGAAAUAGUUUCAGAAUAUUGUGUCAUUGCUAUGUGUGAGUCAAUAAAGGAACAGUGUUCCCUCCAAAAAUGCACCUUUCUUUAGUGCACAUAAACAUGUAUUCACUCUUUAUAGAAUCUUUAUAAAAUGUUACAAUGAAUAAACAAUAUAAAAAGGCCGACCUAACAUA